AUGGAGCAAUUAGCACAGUUUGUAAACAAAUCGUUUGAAUUUAAUUUAACUCAUAAUCGGGUUAAUCAUUUGUUUAACUCAAUGACAAGUGCUCGUGUUCAUAAACUAGCCGACGCAACAACAAAGUCUAUAUUGGUCAAUACAAAUAGAUUGGGAAGAAUUUCCGUCGAUAAUUGCACCAAUGAGGACGAAUCCAUGGAUAUUGAUAUAACCGAUGUUUCUGUUGCGGAAGAAAGCAGCUCUGAAGAUAAAUCGAUCCUACCAAAACCGAUAUCAUUAGUUAAACUUCGUUCGCUACAGCAGCAAUCAAUUUCAACUAUCUCCAAUAAUGAACAUUUAUGUAAGACUGAUCCUGCUCCUAAGCCCAAAAACUGGCUAAUUUCUGAUCUAUUGGUGUCCGACGCACAUUCGGAAGAAAUGAAAACUUCUGCAACAAUUACAAUAAACCUAAACGAAAGUUCAAAUGAUAGUAAUUCUCCAGAAAUAUCAUUGCACAAGGUGGUCCCUUCUGAAAAAUCUUUAUCUCCGGAACCACAAACAACAAUAGGGGAAAAUGUAGCACGAUUAGAACCUUCAGGACUUAGUAGUAAACAGCGACGAUCACGAACCAACUUUACGCUUGAGCAGCUCAACGAACUAGAAAGACUUUUCGAAGAGACCCACUACCCAGAUGCCUUUAUGCGAGAGGAACUAAGCCAGCGAUUGGGACUCAGUGAAGCACGAGUGCAGGUUUGGUUUCAAAACAGAAGAGCCAAAUGUCGAAAACAUGAAAAUCAAAUGCAUAAAGGUAUAUUACUAAGUAGCCGAAGCCCGCCGGUGUCAACGCCUCUCGAACCUUGCCGAGUGGCGCCUUAUGUAAACUUGGCUACAAUCCGCAAUACAAAUACGUCUAUUAUGCCAUCAACUAACGCUUUAAGCUCUGUGCAGCAUCAAUCCGGGAAAAGCGCCGUCAGCAUUGUAAAUAAUCGGGCUCCCUCGCCAGCGGCUGUUGUGACAGCCGCAGCUGAGCACUUUUCAGGCAGCGUUGCAGCAGCAGCAGCAUUUUCCGCCUUCGAUCCAGCAAUUUUAUCUGCUGCUGCACACCAGUAUGCGGCGGCAAUAAGUAAUAGAAGCAGACCCACUGGACUUUUCGCAUUGCCGCAGUAUCCGCUUCAUUUGGCCGCGUUUGCCGCCGCGCACAAGAAUUCCAGCAUAGCGGAUUUACGAAUGAAAGCUAAGAAACACUCCGAGUCGUUGGGCCUUGAAGCAGAUAUAGUUAUUUAGUACAUACUUUACGAACUAAAUUAGAGUAAGACUAGUCUAGAGU